AUUUCCUGAUCCAGGGACUGAGCUCCCUAGCACUUAUGUAAUAAACACUUCUAUAGCACUUGCUCUGUGCCAGGCAUUGUAUUACACUUCACAUGGGAAUUCAAACCAGGCAUUUUCCAUGUGUCCAUUUACAAGAGGGGAAAACGGAGGUCCUGGCUGGUUAAGAGCCUGCUGGGUGGCAGGGAGUAGGGGUGGGGCCUGCACGUGGCCUUGGAGUCGACGGAGGGCGACGUCUGUGCCCGUGGUCUGUGUGUGCCUCUUGGCCACGAGUCUGAGUGAUACCAGGGCGUGGGCCCCACAGAUCCUCACCAUGGGGCUGCUCUGUACUUUCAGGACAAAAGUGCAAAACACUGGGAGCAGCUGCUACAAGAAGCCCAAGCAAGACAAACCAGCAGCACACCUCACAGGGGCCGACUUCAGCCGGACUGGCAAGGAAGGCCCGCUGCGGUGGGAGACGAAACUGGGCCUGGCCUUCUUGAGGGGCCUUAGCUACCGGGAUGGGGCCCUGGUGGUCGCCCAGGCCGGCUACUACUACAUCUACUCCAAGGUGCAGCUGGGUGGUACGGGCUGCUCCCAGGGAUUGACCGGCUGCCUGCCCAUCACCCACGGGCUCUACAAGCGCACCGCCAGCUACCCCGAGGAGGUGGAGCUGCUGGUCAACCGGCGGUCGCGGUGCGGGCGAGCAGACGGCUCCCAGGUGUGGUGGGACAGCAGCUUCCUGGGCGGAGUGGUCCACCUGGACGUGGGGGACGAGGUGGUGGUACGCAUGCCGGGCGAGCGCGUGAUCCAAGUCCACGACGGCACACGCUCCUACUUCGGGGCCUUCAUGGUGUGAAGGACGUGGUCGGGGCUAAUCCAACCUGCAUCUCCGACAAGUAAGAGACCUCAGAGGAUGCCUCUGGACACAGAAGAACACGAGCGGAGGUUUUUAGAGCGGGCCUGGGGGACACCCAAAGUUGACAGGUGGUGAGUUCAGUGGGGACUAGCGAGAAUGCAGCUGCCCCAAGAACCAGCAGGCACCUCUGAAGGAUCAAAGGAGACUGCAGGCCCUGCCUGGACAACACUGGGGGUCUGUUAGCCCCCAGGCAGGGGCUAAAGCUGAUCUUGAUAUUCAGGAAGGGGUGAGGGGUGGCUAUUUAUACUCCCGAAUCAGAUCUAAGGGACAUGGUGAUGGUGGUGGUGGUUGGCGAAGACAGGAAAUUGUAUUUAUACUUUUGAUUCAGAUUAAAGUGGGACAUGGGGGUCCGG